AUGGGCAAGAAGAAGGUUCUCUGCUGUUAUGGCGUGGACAUUGAUGCCGUAGCUGGCUGGCUGGGAUCAUACGGAGGCGAGGACAGCACAAGCGACAUCAGCAGAGGUCUGUGGGCUGGCUCUAUCGGCACCACUCGCCUCCUCAAACUGUUCGAGAAAUAUAACAUCAAGGCCUCGUGGUUCAUCCCCGGCCACUCCCUGGAGACCUUCCCAGAGGAGUGCGCGAUGGUGCGCGACGCCGGCCACGAGAUUGGUCUCCACGGCUACAGUCACGAGAACCCGGUCGACAUGACGCUGGAGCAGCAGCGCGAUGUCCUGGACAAGACGUGGAAGAUGCUCACCGAGUUCUGCGGCAAGCCUCCCCGCGGUAGCGUCGCGCCGUGGUGGGAGACUAGCGAAGAGGGCACCGAGCUGAUGCUUAGCUACGGGAUUGAGUACGACCACUCAAUGUCCCACCACGACUGCCAGGCGUACUGGCUCCGGACCGGCGACAGCUGGACCAAGAUUGACUACUCCAAGAAGGCCGAGGAGUGGAUGAAGCCCUUGGUUAAGGGCAGAGAGACUGGUCUCGUCGAGAUUCCGGGAUCCUGGUACAUUGAUGACCUGCCGCCUAUGAUGUUCAUGAAGAACUCGGCCAACUCCCACGGCUGGGUGAAUCCGAGGGAUGUCGAGGAUAUCUGGCGCGACCACUUUGACUACUUUUACCGCGAAUAUGACGAGUUCAUCUUCCCCAUGACAAUCCACCCGGACGUUUCGGGAAGGCCGCAUGUUCUCCUGAUGCAUGAACGCAUCAUUGAGCACAUCAACAAGCAUGAAGGAGUCGAGUGGGUUACCAUGGAGCAGAUGUGCGACUAUUUCAAGUCGAAGAAUCCCGCGCCCGAGGGUGCCUUGAUGCCGGCGAGCAGGGAGGAGGCCAUGAAGAAGUAUGAAGAGUGGAAGAAGACGCAGCAGUCGUAA